AUGCAAACAAUCAGGAUAUUGCCGAAUAUUCGAGCACUUCUCAGGGAAGGAAAGGAAGAGGAAGCGAUUGAAGUGAUGAAUGCUCAUGUUGAUGUGAUUGCGCCGUAUAUCCGAGAUGAUCUGAAGUAUGUUAAAUGCAAGGAUGCGAAGACUAGCCUAUGUUUAAGCAAGAUAUAUUUUGUUCUUGAAGACUAUGAGCGAUCGAUUGAUUAUGCGCUGCAAGCAGGAGAUGCAUUGGUUGACGAUGGGUCAUUCUAUUACAAGUCCAUAGUGUAUAGAAUGAUGGAGCUGGUUGAGAAGAAUGGAGAUCCUAAGGUUAGAGAUGUUGUUUUGAGAAUAAUUGCAAAGGAAGAUGCUGACGAGUCAUUACUUGGGUAUUUGUUUUGCAUAAAAGCAUAUGAGAUGUUUAGAGAAAUAUUUGAGAAGUAUUUAUGCGAUGGAAAUGAUUGCCGAGGUGUGCUUGAUCUUCUUGUGUCUAUUGCAGAGGAGAAUGGAAGCAUUCGCGAACUGUAUGAGGUAAUAGUUGCGAUCGGGCUUGAGAGUAAGCCGUUUAUUUUCUAUGUUGUUGAUGGAUACUUCUAUCUUGAGAGGAUUGAGAAGGUAAAGGAGAUGAUUGAAAGGUUUGCCUCUGAUGAUAUUUUGUUGUGCUAUGAGAUUGCUUUUUAUGUUGAGGACAAUUACAGACCUGAUAUUGAAGUGUGCAAUAUAAAUGUGAUGAAGAUUCUUAGUGGAGAGUUUAAGAGCAGGAUUAUGUGUUCGUUUCUUCUCGAGAAGAAUUUGACGAGCUUUAAGUUUCUUGAGUCUAUAGCAAAGACAAGGACGCAUUAUCUUGGACAGGUGAACUCAUUGAUGAAUCUUGGGACUUCGAAUGAUACCUUUUACAGAAGCAAUACAGAUAUAUUUGGACAGUCGAAGGAGUGGGCCAGGUUCAGCGAGAUUUCAAGUAUUGGGAUGAUCCAUGCACUAAACUCGAAUCCGUAUGAGAUUCUGAAGAAUUACCUACCGAAUGAGGUAAGCCAGAAGGAAGGAGGUGCAUUAAUGGCAUUAGGGAUUAUGAAGGCGGGCACAUUCAGUGAGGAGGAUACUGAGUACCUGAUGUACUUCCUAGACAUGGAGGAAAGCCUGACGCCUGAUCUUGCACAUGGUGUUUGUCUGGGACUUGGACUGAUAAACAUGGGAUCUGUUAAUGCAGAGGUGCUUGAUAAGCUACGAGGACUGUUGAAAGUAGACAAGACAUUGCUGGUGGAGGCAUCUGUGUAUGGGAUUGGCUUGGUUGGACUGAACUCUUGGAAUGUGGAGCUUGUGAAUGAUUUGAUUGCGAUUGGAAGAGAGACGGAGUUUGAACGUGUGAAGAGAGCAAUUGGAGUGGCUGUUUCAUUGACGAUGAUGUUUAGUGAAGAGAUGUUCUAUGAAGAAGAUGCAUGUGAGGACGCACAAGAGACGAAGAGCUACAUAAAUGACCUUCUGGUAGAUAAGGACGCUGUUAUGAGGAGCAACGGGCUUCUUUCUCUUGGGUCGUCAUAUGUUGGGACAGGAAGGCUUGGAGUGAUUGCCACGGUUUUACCAUAUGUGAAUGACGGUGACGAUGAUGUUAAGAGAGCAGCAGUGAUUGCGAUUGGACUAAUAUGCUGUGAUGACCGAGACCUUCUUGUGAGCACUCUAGAGCCUCUUUCUGAGAACCAUAACUUUUUUGUUAGGGCAACUACAGCUGUUGUUCUUGGACUGUUUCUGGCAGGCACUGGAGACAAGACAUGCUCUGACAUACUUGAGGCGCUACUGUAUGAUAGCAACAACUUGGUGAGGCAGUCUGCAUGCAUUGGAGCAGGCUUUAUUUUGAUGGAGUGUAAUCCAUCGCUUGUACCGAAUUACAAGCGUAUUAUUGAGCGAUUGAAUAAGCUUGUGGUUGACAAGAAGGAGGAUGGAGCGGUUGAGUUUGGAGCAGUGUUUGGAAGAGGACUAAGUGAAGCAGGAGGAAGAAACAUUAUUUUUUCGGUGAGGAAUGUUUCUGGGGUUCUUUCAGCGGAUAGAAUAGCAGGCGCUAUUAUGUUUCUUCACUAUUGGUACUGGUAUCCACUUGUAAACAUGAUUUCUCUGUGUUUUCUUCCCACAGCAGUAUUUUGCUUCAAUGAGGAUCUUGAGGAGGAGGAUCUUGAGAUAAAGACGUCAGAUUGCUAUGAUAACCUUCUUAUACGCCUUCCGGAUAUUAAGAAGGCAAGAAGAUUCCGACAGAAGCCUGUAGAAGACAAGGAGGUUGUUACUGAAUCACCUUCAGUGCUGAAGUCUGGAAGCAGAUGCACAAUGAGACAGAGGGAGGAGUGUGGCCUUGAUGCACCAGCCAUUCUGUUUGUGAAGAAGAAAUAA